AUGGGCGCCUAUCUCUAUGGGCGCCUAUCUCUAUGGGCGCCUAUCUCUAGCGGCGCCUAUCUCUAUAGGCGCCUAUCUCUAGGGGCGCCUAUCUCUAGGGGCGCCUAUCUCUAUGGGCGCCUAUCUCUAGGGCGCCUAUCUCUAGGGGCGCCUAUCUCUAGGCGCCUAUCUCUAUGGGCGCCUAUCUCUAGGGGCGCCUAUCUCUAUGGGGCGCCUAUCUCUAUGGGCGCCUAUCUCUAUGGGCGCUAUCUCUAUGGGCGCCUAUCUCUAUGGCGCCUAUCUCUAUGGGCGCCUAUCUCUAGGGGCGCCUAUCUCUAUGGGCGCCUAUCUCUAGGGGCGCCUAUCUCUAGGGGCGCCUAUCUCUAUGGGCGCCUAUCUCUAGGGGCGCCUAUCUCUAUGGGCGCCUAUCUCUAUGGGCGCCUAUCUCUAUGGGCGCCUAUCUCUAUGGGCGCCUAUCUCUAUGGGCGCCUAUCUCUAUGGGCGCCUAUCUCUAUGGGCGCCUAUCUCUAUGGGCGCCUAUCUCUAGGGGCGCCUAUCUCUAUGGCGCCUAUCUCUAGGGGCGCCUAUCUCUAG